AUGAGCUCCACUGCAGUAGUGCCUGCAUAUCUUCUCUGGUCAAAUGCAACAGACAUUUUGUUCUUCAAUGUGCUCGGGGUCCUGGUAUGUCUGUAUGCCUUACAUGUGGAGGUCAGCAAGGAGAAGGACCCAUCGUACAAAGCCAUGUGUGACAUCAGUGAAUACAUGAGCUGUUCCAGGGUGCUAACUUCCCAGUACAGUCAAGGCUUUGGAGUCAUGCAUUUGUUCUUUGGAAAAAACCACAUGCUCAACUCAAGAAACUGCAACAUUGGCUUGGUUGUCUUCAUUGUUCACAUCAUAAUUUGCAUCUUGCUGCCAGGUCCUAUAGCCUCAACCAUCAUGUACUGCAGUGCAUUUGUUUGUGUCAUGGGAAGCAUCUACCUUGCUUUUAUCCUGUUAUUUGUACUCAAGGACGUGUGUUUGGUCUGCUUUGCAACAUACGUCAUUAACGGCUGCCUGCUGUAUCUGACACACAGCAUGUACCAAUUCUACCAUGCAUAG